AUGGGAAGCCAGCUUCUGUCCACCGUCGAGCGUCGCGAGGUCCUCCCGGAGAGCUAUAUCCGGCCGGAGUUCGACAGGCCGCGACUCGCCGAAGUGACGACGGACAGCGACGUCCCGCUCAUCGACCUCGCGUCGCCGGAUAAGCAACGAGUCAUCGACCAGAUUGGUCUGGCUUGCCGGACCUAUGGCUUCUUCCAGGUCAUAAACCAUGGAAUAGAAGAGGAGCUACUGGAGAAGAUGAUGGCCGUUGGUCUGCAGUUCUUCCGUCUGCCGCCGGCGGAGAAGGAGAAGCUGUACUCAGAUGAACCGUCCAAGAAGAUAAGGCUCUCCACCAGCUUCAACGUCCGCAAGGAGACGGUGCACAACUGGAGGGACUAUCUGCGCCUUCACUGCCACCCGCUGGAGUAG